GCCCAAAACCUGAGUGCACCCCCGCCCAUAAUCCAGCGCGCCCGCCGGGGUUCUUAUUUCUGGCCUCCGCGUUAGCCUAAGCUCCCAUUACUAUCUCUGCCUUGUUUUAUAUCUCUAGUUCUUGAACAAGUUCGGUGACCAUUUUCCAGGCCAAACCUUCGCAACUGCCUCUGCUCCGCUGCUCCUGAUUCUGCCGGCAGAGUUCGAAACUGUCUCCCGCAAAACCCCUCAGUGCAUGAUGGGAUUUUGCAUAUGCCCGUUGGAAACGCCGGCUAGGUUGCUCUGGAGCACCAGCUUCUUCCGCCACAAGCUAAUGAUUUUUUAACUCUGGACACCUCUGAUUCCUAAAACUUAAAUACUAUACUGAGAUACCAGCUAUUCUAUUUUCUUCUGCCCCAUCCGUCGCCGGAGUAAGUAUCUCUGGUGGUCACCGGUGGCGAUUGUUGUCGAAGACCUUGUACGUUUGUGGGAAGAAAGCGAGACGACCAAAGCUAUGGAGUCCGGCCGUAUUUUCUUCGGUUCCUCCACUUGCCGCGGGAACAUGCUGUUUCUCGGGAACGGUGAUCCAGUUUAUAGAGCAGGCGGAUCGAUAAUAAGCAUGGAGGAAAGCUCAAAGAAGCGACCAUUUUUCAGCUCACCGGAGGAACUGUUCGACGAGGAAUAUUACGAUGAGCAGUUGCCGGAGAAGAAGCGACGCCUCACUCCCGAGCAGGUGCUUCUGCUGGAGAAAAGCUUUGAAGAUGAGAACAAGCUGGAGCCGGAACGGAAGACCGAGCUGGCCAAGAAGCUGGGGUUGCAGCCAAGGCAGGUGGCUGUGUGGUUCCAGAACCGUAGGGCCCGUUGGAAAACCAAGCAACUUGAAAGGGAUUACGAUGUUCUCAAGUCUUCCUAUGAUGCCCUGCUUUCAAAGUACAGCUCCAUUGUCAAGGACAAUGAAAAUCUCAAAUCAGAGGUGGUAGCCUUAAACGAGAAGCUUCUGGCUAAAGAGAUGCCACGAGAACCAUUACCAGAAGAAAAGGCAGACCCACUUAUGAUGGAGCUAGCCCAAAUGUCAACCCUGCCAUUCAACGUGAAGGUGGAGGACCGACUCAGCAGUGGGAGUGGUGGAAGUGCAGUGGUGGACGAGGAUGCUCCACAGCUUCUUGUGGACAGCGUCGAUUCCUACUUUCCAGCUGAGAACUUUGAUGGAUGCGUGGCCAGCGUUGAUAGGGUUCAGUCUGAGGAGGAUGACGGCAGCGACAAUGGUCGCAGUUACUUCUCUGAUGUGUUUGUGGCCCCUGAACCUGAGCACCAAAACCAUGAGGAGGGAGACCCGUUGUGUUGGUGGGUGUGGUCUUAAAACAAGCCUGUAUUAAAAAAGAUAAAAGAAAAAAGAGAAAAAAACAUUAUGAUCUUGUAAGGUGUCAUGUUAGAGAUUAAUGUUUUGCAUAAUAAAGCAGAAGACUGUGAGAGUCUGUUGUUUGUUAGAGAUGAUGUGGGAUGUGAGCGUCAAAGAAAAUCCCUUGGAUCAAUGCAUCCAAAGCUUUGAGUUGAACAAAUAAUUGGUCAAUGGCGUCUUCCGUUGUCUGGUCUUAGUACACAUCAAGGGUAGUUCAACCUCGAAGGCUGGCUACCAGGCUUGUUUGCUAUAUAUUUUAGUCUAUAUUUUCGUCUGCGUUGUUUUUAAAAGAAUCUCUGAUUGAGAGUGUAAAGUUUUUAUAAUAGAAAUGAUGCAGGUGAUUCGAGUAUAA